AUGGAGACGAAGAUGAAGAAAUUCGGAAGAAGAAAAGUCUCAAUUCCUGAUGAAAUAAUGUUUGAAAUAUUCUCAUGGCUUCCUAUUAAAUCUUUAAUGCGUUUCAAGUGUGCUUCCGAAUUUUGUAAUUCUCUAGUAUCCGAAUCACACUUUUCGGAUAUCCAUAGAUGUCAUUCUAUGACCCGUCCUGGAAGAAACUUCUUUCUCCAUGAAAGGAAAGGUUUUUACUCGGUUGAGCAAGAGAAAGGUGGAAAUAUGUCUGCCUCUCUUUUUCAACCUGAGAGAUUUAUUGAAUCUAUAAAUAAAUCUAGUAUGAAUUGCGCUAAUGGUUUAUUUUGCGUUUGGCAACCAUCAAUUGUGCGAUCUGCUGUAAUUUUCAAUCCCGGUACAAGAGAAGUUAGAUCUCUUCCGCUCCCAAAUAAAGGCACUUCUUGUGGAAACUAUUUAAUAGGUUUUGAGCCACAAGAGAACAACUACAAAGUGUUUUAUUCGGAAAAGCCAAGUGGAUACGGAGAACAAUGGAUUUUAACUUUAGGCAUAGAUGAAUCGUGGAGACAGAUCACUCAAAGCAUUUUCCCUUCCCUUCUAUAUGAUAAGCCUAGUGUUUGCACUAGCGGAGUUAUCUAUUAG